AUGCUGUUUGGUAUUAAACUGGCUAACGACGUAUAUCCUCCUUGGAAGGAUUCAUACAUCGACUAUGAAAGGUUGAAGAAAUUACUAAAGGAAAGCGUCAUACAUGAUGGCCGUAGUUCCGUUGAUAGUUGGUCCGAAAGGAAUGAAUCUGAUUUUGUCGAGGCCUUGGAUAAAGAGCUAGAAAAGGUUUACACAUUCCAAAUAUCCAAAUAUAAUGCUGUCUUGCGAAAAUUAGAUGAUUUAGAGGAAAACACUAAGUCAGCGGAAAAAAUUCAGAAAAUAAAUUCUGAGCAAUUCAAAACCACCUUAGAAGAAUGUUUAGACGAGGCCCAAAGAUUGGAUAACUUUGACAGGUUGAAUUUUACUGGGUUCAUUAAGAUUGUGAAGAAGCACGACAAAUUGCAUCCAAACUAUCCUUCUGUGAAGUCUCUUUUACAAGUCAGAUUGAAAGAACUUCCAUUCAACAAUUCAGAAGAGUAUUCUCCCUUGUUGUAUAGGAUCUCAUAUUUGUAUGAGUUCUUGAGAUCAAAUUAUGAUCAUCCAAAUACGAUGUCUAAAUCAUUAGCAAGUACUUCUAAAUUGUCCCAUUUCUCUAACCUUGAAGACACGAGUUUCAAAAGCUAUAAGUUUUGGGUUCAUGAUGAUAAUAUAAUGGAGGUUAAGGCAAGGAUUUUAAGACAUCUACCUGCUUUGCUUUAUGCGUCUGUUCCAAAUGAAAAUGACGAUUUUGUCGAUAAUCUUGAAUCAGACGUCCGUGUGCAACCUGAAGCACGCCUAAACCUUGGUUCCAAGAGUAAUAGUCUUUCCAGUGAUGGUAAUAGCAAUCAAGACGUCGAGAUGGGAAAAUCAAAGAACGUCAUUUUUCCACAGUCAUAUGAUCCAACAAUCACCACAUUAUAUUUUGACAACGAAUUUUUUGACCUGUACAAUAAUAGAUUGCUGAAAAUCAGUGCUGCACCUACACUGAGAUUGAGGUGGAUUGGUAAACUGCUAGACAAACCUGAUAUAUUCUUGGAAAAGAGAACUUUCACAGAAAAUACGGAAACCGGUAAUUCUAGUUUUGAAGAAAUCAGAUUACAAAUGAAAGCCAAAUUCAUCAACAAUUUUAUUUUCAAAAACGAUCCUAGUUAUAAAAACUAUUUAAUUAAUCAACUAAGAGAAAGAGGUACUCAAAAGGAAGAACUAGAAAAACUUUCUAGGGACUUUGACAACAUCCAGAACUUUAUUGUUGAGGAGAAGUUGCAACCAGUGUUAAGAGCUACCUAUAAUAGAACAGCUUUCCAAAUUCCUGGAGAUCAAAGUAUUAGAGUCACCAUCGAUUCCAAUAUCAUGUACAUUAGGGAGGAUUCCUUGGACAAAAAUAGACCUAUUAGGAACCCUGAGAACUGGCACCGUGACGAUAUUGACUCCAAUAUUCCAAACCCAUUAAGGUUUUUAAGACCAGGAGAAUAUUCGAAGUUCCCAUAUUCCGUAAUGGAGAUUAAGGUUAUAAACCAGGAUAAUUCUCAAACGCCAAAAUAUGAGUGGAUCAAGGAUUUAACCAAUUCACAUUUAGUUAACGAAGUUCCAAAAUUUUCUUUGUAUUUACAAGGUGUGGCUUCGUUGUUUGGUGAAGACGAUAAAUAUAUUAACAUUUUGCCAUUCUGGUUGCCCGAUUUGGAAACUGACAUUAGAAAGAACCCACAGGAGGCUUACGAAGAAGAAAAGAAAACUUUACAAAGACAAAAGAACAUUCAUGAUAAACUUGAUAAUAUGAGAAGAUUAUCCAAAAUCUCAUUACCAGAUAGAACAAUCACUGAAAGACAAGAACAAAGAGAUCAGAGUACUCGCCACAUUGUUGCUGAUUUAGAAGAUCACGAAUCAUCUGACGAGGAAGGUACUGGAUUGUCCAAGAAAUCUGCAGUCAAAAAGGGAAAAAAAUUCAAAACAAAUGCGGCUUUCUUAAAAAUUCUUGCUGGAAAAAAUAUUUCAGAAAAUGGAACCGAUCCAUACUCCGAUGAUACAGAUAGCGCCUCUUCUUUCCAAUUACCUCCGGGAGUUAAGAAACCAGUUCAUCUUUUGAAAAACGCCGGUCCUGUUAAAGUUGAAGCGAAAGUUUGGCUUGCCAAUGAACGUACAUUUAAUAGAUGGUUAAGCGUAACCACAUUGUUGAGUGUAUUGACAUUCUCCAUCUAUAAUUCAGUGCAGAAAGCCGAAUUUCCACAAUUAGCUGAUCUGUUGGCAUAUGUAUAUUUCUUUUUGACGUUGUUUUGCGGAUUAUGGGCUUAUAGAACCUACUUAAAAAGAUUAACUCUUAUUAAAGGCAGAAGCGGUAAGCAUUUGGACGCACCUCUGGGACCUAUUUUGGUUGCCGUUGUGUUAAUCGUGACUUUAGUUGUUAACUUUAGUGUAGCUUUUAAAGAGGCCGCUAGGAGGGAAAGAGGAUUGAUAAAUGUUUCCUCCCAGCCUUCAUUACCCCAUACUCUGAAACCGAUUCAAGAUUUUAUCUUCAAUUUGGUCGGGGAAUAA